AUGAGCUCCAGGCCUCUGCAGAGCCAGGCUGAGAAAAGAGAAAAUAAAGCUGAGGGCGAAGCCGGAGCUUCCCGGUCCGACUGGUCCUGCAGAACAAUGGGAGACGUCCCCGCCAUCACACCCACAGACGGCAGCAGCCCUCCGCCACAACCCGACCGAACGCACCUCCACCGGAGCACGGCCGCGGACAUGGACCUCCACCGGAUCAGCGGAUCCGACCCCAUGGAUUACAGCCGGGAAACCAAGGAGGGCAAGGCGGCCCCGCAGUCCACGGAGGAGCGGCUGGACAGCGGCGUCGAGUCCAUGAAGGAGGAGGACUACCAGGCCGUAACGGCCGAGAUCCUGCGGCUCCAACUGGAGACCGAACGCCGCCAACCGCCGGCCGUUGGCGGCGGAGAGCCGCUCAGCGACUGGCAAACGCACAUCACGGAGGACGGAGACACGUAA